AUGGUCUCCUUCAUACGAUAUGUGCGGAAUAUUCGUAGGACAGGAAUCAAGCAAUGGUGGCAUCAAAUGCAAAACAUUGGCGACGCAAAGGCUGGUGCUCUAGUUGGGACUGAUCAGUUCGGUAAUAAAUACUACGAGAACCUGAACCCCGACGACGAAAUUCCUGGCCGUCACCGAUGGGUUGACUUUGCGCAGCAUUACAACAAUGCAACCCAAGUCCCUGCGGAAUGGCAUUCUUGGCUGCAGCACAUUCGCUUGCUACCACCAACUGAGGACAAAGUGAUGCAGAACUUAUCACCACCCUGGAAGGCGCCAUGGGUAGAAAAUUUAACUGGCACACGCGGUGCGUAUCGCCCGUACAACACCGCUGCGCCUAAAAUCAGUGCAUGGGAGCCAAAGGUCAUGGUUCGGGGUUGA